AUGUCAUCCGAGCGAGAUUCAACCAUUAUUUCAUCGCUAGAAAAUUUAUCCCUAAGUGAGAACAAACAAGAAAAUAUAAAACCUCGUUUGCCUCGUGUUUCAAUAGAAUUUUGUACUCAAUGCCGUUGGGUUCUUCGUGCUGGAUGGACUGCUCAAGAGUUAUUGGUAACAUUUGGUACAAUUAUUGGUGAAGUUGCUUUAAUACCUGGUGUCGACGCUGUCUUCAUAGUUCAAGUUGAUGGUGAAACUAUCUGGGAUCGUAAGAAAGAGGGUCGAUUUCCGGAAUUGAAAGAAUUGAAACAACUUAUCAGGAAUAUGAUCGCACCGGAUAUGAAUCUUGGUCAUUCUGAUAAUAAGAAAAAAGCAACUACUGAUACUAAUACGUCAACUAAGGAUGCUGAUGCUUGUGGAAAAGAUGGUUGCCCUUAA